GGGGCGGAAGGGGGCGGCGCUCCUCCAUCACUGCCUGCCUCCCGCCGGGACCCGGGCGGGGCGGGGCUGCUCGGGCUGGCGGCGGCGUGAGUGAACUACCUCUUAUCAAAUAAAGACAUGGAUGGGAUGGAUGAAACAUCUAAAAGAAUCCUAGAGCCAUACCAGUAUUUACUUCAAUUACCAGGUAAGCAAGUGAGAACCAAACUGUCACAGGCCUUUAAUCACUGGCUGAAUGUUCCAGAAGAUAAGAUACAGGUUAUCAUUGAAGUGACAGAGAUGUUGCACAAUGCAAGCCUGCUUGUGGAUGAUAUUGAAGAUAACUCAAAGCUACGACGGGGCUUUCCAGUGGCUCACAGUAUCUAUGGAAUUCCAUCAGUAAUCAACUGUGCUAAUUAUGUGUAUUUCCUUGGCUUAGAGAAGGUUUUAACCCUUGAUCACCCAGAUGCUGUUAAAGUUUUUACCCGCCAGCUACUGGAACUCCAUAAAGGUCAAGGCUUGGAUAUUUACUGGAGGGAUACUUACACCUGUCCUACAGAAGCUGAAUACAAAGCUAUGGUACUACAAAAGACAGGUGGUCUCUUUGGAUUGGCUGUAGGCCUCAUGCAGCUCUUCUCGAAUUAUAAAGAGGACUUAAAACCACUUCUUAACACGCUUGGUCUCUUCUUCCAAAUAAGAGAUGACUAUGCCAACUUGCACUCCAAAGAAUAUAGUGAAAACAAGAGUUUUUGUGAAGACUUAACUGAGGGCAAGUUCUCAUUCCCAACCAUUCAUGCGAUUUGGUCAAAACCUGAAAGUACUCAGGUGCAAAACAUUUUACGCCAAAGGACAGAAAACAUAGAUAUAAAAAAAUACUGUGUGCAUUACCUUGAAAAUGUGGGUUCAUUUGAGUAUACUCGGAACACAUUAAAAGAGCUUGAAUCUGAAGCCUAUAAACAAAUUGAAUCACUAGGGGGAAACCCCGAGCUUGUAGCACUAGUUGAACAGCUGAGCAAAAUGUUCAAAGAAACGGAAAAUUAAUAAACUUAUCUCCUGGGGGAGAAUGGAAGCUUUUUAAAAUGGGAAAAUAACUAGAUUAUCUGAAAGGUGUAAUAAUCAGCCUCACUUAAAACUACUUGUGUUGCCACAUAACAGAAACUAUUGUUGAAACCAAUUUGGUCUCUGAGUAUUGUGAUAUAUCCUAUUAUCUAUGCGGUUUUAAUUGUAACUGCUUGCAGAUGGCUUUGUUAAAGCAUAUGUACUAGAACAAACAAGUUCCGAAUCCGUGUGAUCUUUACACAAUCAUUGGCAUUACUUCAGCCCUGGAACUCUCAUAGGUUAUGGUGCAUAUUCAGCCAGGCUACUGUAGGUUUCUGCCUGAAAUUCCAUAUUAAAUUAAGUUUGAUUAACCU